CACAUCCUGAUUCGACUUUACCUGUAGAAUCCGGUUUCUUUUGAAAUAAAUUCAUUAUUGUUCUUUUAUCCAUCAGAGGAGUUUAUUUACUAAAUAUUAUAAACAAUAAAUUAUUUUAGUGUAUUGAUCUUAUAAGGACAAGAUGAUUCUUGGAAUUUUCUAACAUCUAGAGAUAGAUAUGGAUGUAUAAUAAUUAUCUACACUGCAUGGAGAAAUUGAAAUAAUGUCAAAAACCAACAAAGUUGCACCAGAGAAUGAAGCCUACCAGUAUGAUCCUGACUUUGAAGGACCAAUUAAAAACAGAUCAUGUACAGAUAUCAUCUGCUGUUUGCUGUUUAUAAUAUUUGUUGGAGGACUUGCAAUCAUUUCAUACUUUGCAUUUAAAUAUGGAGAUCCAUCUUUAUUGCUGAAUCCUGUAAAUUCAGAUGGAGAAAUGUGUGGUCAAGGCAAUCAGCAAGGAAAAGAUUAUUUGUUUUUCUUUGACAUGGUAACCUGUGGUAGGAUGGGUGUAGGAGUUUUUGUUAAAGGAUGUCCAACACCACAAAUAUGUGUAUCGCAGUGUCCUGGUGUCAACUUUAUUUAUGACCCAUUAGGUGAUGGGACACAGUUCAGUUCUGUCUACUGCAAAGAUACAUAUGCAUCUCAGAGCUUGCAAGAUAUUAUAGAUGAUGAGAUUUGUCCAACAUAUUAUCUUAAAAGUGAACCUGUGAUUAAACGUUGUACGCCUUCCAUUUUGGUUGACUUUAUUAACAAUGCUGGAAACCUGCUGACUAAGGUUCAGGGAGAGAACUUGACUGGAGUAGUGGACAGUUCAGGCAACAGUCUAUCAAAUGACAUCAUCAGUACUGGACUAGACGCCUUUGGUAUAUUUUUGAAAGCAAAAGAAUAUGCUGAAAAGAUAAUAGAAGAUGUGGUUACAACAUGGUGGAUGAUACUGUUAGGAAUAUUGAUAGCCAUGAUACUGUCUCUCAUAUGGAUUAUUAUAAUGCGAUGGAUUGCAGGAAUAAUGGUGUGGUUUACCAUUUUUGCCUUUGUUGGUGCAUUUGGCUUUGCCACAUAUUACUGUUUAUGGAACUACUUCCAGUUGAAGGACACCAAUGAAACUUUUACAAUGAAUUUUUCUGUUGUAAACUUCAGCUUUUCAAAACCAAAAAUGCUGCUGGCAUUUGGUAUCAUUGCUGGAAUAAUACUCACCAUCAUUCUGUUGAUUUUACUAUUUCUCUGCCAGAGGAUAAGGAUUGCUAUAGCUCUCAUAAAAGAAGGUAGUAGGGCUGUUGGUAGUAUGAUGUUUACCUUGAUCUGGCCUUUGAUUCCAUUUCUACUGCAGUUGAUUGUGUUUGGUUACUGGCUUACUAUAGCAGUAUAUUUAGCCUCUACAGGUCGAGCUCAGUCGUUUGCUUUUAAUAACAAAUCUGUGUAUGCAUAUCCGAACGGCUCUUGGAAAUUUGAUGAAAUAACCAGUGCUACGUCACAACUUUUUGGUGAAGUCUGUGACGAUACUUCAGGCAACCAAACAGACAGUGAAUUUUGUACUUUUCUAAAGAAUCAAGAGGAAAACUUCGUAUUAUACUCACAGAUUUACAACCUGUUUAUGUUGUUCUGGCUAAUCAACUUCUCUAUAGCGCUUGGACAGAUGGUCUUAGCAGGAGCGUUUGCUUCUUACUACUGGACCUUCUUUAAACCAGAAGACUUACCAUUGUUCCCUCUGUCUGGUUCCCUGUGGAGGUCUUUCAGAUAUCAUAUAGGAUCCCUUGCUUUUGGAUCUCUUAUUAUUGCCAUUAUACAGAUGAUAAGAGUUGUUCUGGAAUACUUGGAUCAUAAAAUCAAAGGAAAAGAAAAUCCUGUUGCUAAAGUCCUUUUGAAGUGUCUUAAAUGUUGUUUUUGGUGUUUAGAAAAGGUUAUGAAAUUUCUUAACAAAAAUGCUUAUAUAAUGAUAGCAGCACAUGGUAAAAAUUUUUGCACAUCAGCAAGAAAUGUUUUCAUGCUUAUACUGAGAAAUAUUGUCAGGGUUGUAGUGAUAGACAAAGUUACAGAUUUCCUGUUAUUUAUUGGAAUACUCGUAGUUGUAGCAGCUUCAGGUGCUUUUGCAUUCCUUUUCUUUGAUGGCAGAAUAACAUUCCUGAGUUCCUACACACCAACACUCAACUUCUAUGUUGUUCCUAUUGUGUUGGUUAUAAUUGGAGCUUACAUCAUAGCGAGUGCCUUUUUCAGUGUGUAUGGUAUGGCAGUAGAUACGUUAUUCUUAUGUUUCUUGGAGGAUUUAGAAAGAAACGAUGGCAGUGCAGACAAACCUUAUUAUAUGAGUAGUCAGCUGAUGAAAAUUGUUGGCAAGAAGAAUGUUUUGGCACGCAGAGAUUCUAGAUAAUCAAAUUAAACGUUUUAAAGUGAAUGUACUUGAGAAGGUUCUGGCAGCAAUUGAUUAGACAAAUGCUAGAUUUAAACUCCAACAUGACAACAUAGUGUUAAUUUUCGUCUCUAACUAUAACGAAUGAUCGAAUUGGUAGUACAAUCAUUUUGUAAUAUUCAAGGAUACAAUACUGAUCUUUGCCAUAAAAAUACCAGGUGUUUGUCUGGUCUUGUGUGUGCUUUCACUUGUACAAUCUUGCCAGAUUUGAUAAAAUCUGUAUCAAAGGUUUAUAUCAGCAGUGUCAGUGGACAAGUUUGAAAACUCAUUGCCUAUAAAUUAUUUUUCAAAGAGUAUAAAUGCCCCUUGGAAACAUUUAUGGAAAAUUGCAUUGUGAGGGCUCUCAUGUGAACAAUUCUUGCCACAAUUUUAGGAAAUUAAUAACAAAGGUUAAUAUCAGCAAUGUCUUCUUGAACAAUAUGUGAAAUUCAAUGCCAAUCAAUUCUUUUUUAUAAGAAUUAUCACUUGAAAAUAAGAUAUGGAAAAUUGCUUUGUAAGUGCUCUCAAGCCUACUUUUCUGUUAUAUAAAAUCAUAUAUAUAAAAAGUUUAUAAGACCUCCGAAUUUUUAUUUAAUUUAUUACCAUUGUAGAGAUUUUUAGGCAGAUUUAAGCAUAAAAAGGGAAUGAAAGAAAAAUGUAUUUAAAAAAAACAUGUUAUCAUAUUUAAACCCUAUUCAAGGAAUGGGAGAUAACUCUUGUCAGUAUUAAUUAAAAUGACUUUUCUCCCCUUGAUUUUUUUUCAAUAAUUGAAUUAGACUUAUUCUAGAUGAAUGUUAUUUUGUAAUAGCAAAUAAAAUUGAUAAUCUACCAUCACUCAAUACCCUGGUCAAAUUUUACUUACAUGGAAAAUGUAACAUGUAUUUUACAUAUUAGAUUGAUUGAUUGAUUGUUGGUGUUUUAACGCCACUUUUAAGCGCCACAUUUGGGCUAUUUCGUGGCGGCCAGUUUUUAUUGGUGGAGGAAGCCGGGUUGCCCAGAGAAAACCACCGACAUUCGAUAGGAAAACUGACACUCCUAGUCAAUUAAGAUUGGAGUCGAGUGCACCCGCUGAGCAGGGUUCAAACUCAACUCCUCAGUGUUGACUGGCUAGUGAAUACAGUAGUAACUACUUAGACCUCUCGGCCACCGAGGCCCCUUUACAUAUUAGAUCCUAAAAAUGCACAUUAAUUAGGCUAAAUACAUAAAAUGAAAUAAAAAUAGAGAUUCUUAGAAUAAUCUUUUAGCUAGAUAUAGAGUAACAGCUGCAUAUAGUCUGAUUUGUAAACUGCCUUUGUCAGUUUAUUAAAUAAAGUUAAACAAAAUUGAUUUAACAUUUUUUUAGAAUUCAAGAAUAACUAAUCAAAGAUCUUAAAUAUAGAAAAAUAUUCAUUUAGUCACGAACAACACAUUAUUUCAUGAAUGUUAUUCAGUCACAAGUUGAAUAUUUUUUUCGAUAGUUGAAUUCUUGGAUUAGUUAUUCUUUUUAUAACAUUGACCAUAAACUUUUUUAAAGGAAUAAAGCAGAAAAUACAUGCACUUACGGUAUUUCUUUAUUUCACUUUCUUAAUUCAUUUUCAUGCAACCUGAUCGACGAUGUCUUGAAACACCCAUUGUUGUAGGAAGUUAGUGGAGUGUAAUUAUCAGAAUUUAUUUCAAAUGCGAAAUUAUCUGUUUUUAUUUUUCUGGGAAAUCACGGUAUUUCAUUUCAACUAAUGUAAUAAUAAUUUUUAUUUUGCAUUGCCUAUUGUUAUUUUUUUUUAAAUUGUUAAUUGAGUGUGUAUUGUUUGAUAUAUUUUGAGCUUUGUAUGUGCUGGCACAUAUUUUGAAUGACAUGAAAUUGUGAUAUAUAUUUUUAUAUGAAUUGUCUUUCUUUGGUACUAAUACUUGUACAUUGCUAUAAUCCAAUAAGUUUUAUAUAAUAGCAAAGGCCACUCACUACUGGUACUAAUCAUGUCAAUUUAAAACCUUCUAUAGUUUAAAUUGACUUAAUUGAAUUGUUUCAUGAUUUGGGAAGGUUAAUUUCUUGAUAAGAUAAUUAUUUUAGAGUUGCUCUAUUUUUAACUUAGGCAGGAAAGGACACAUGUUUUUUACUCAAAAAAAAAACCAGACAUGAAUUUAAACAAAUUUAUAUAGAAUUGACUGCUUGCAAGAAAUUUGUAAACAAGGUGAAGGGUCUUUGCUAAACAUUGGAAACUAAAGUGUUUGCAAAUGAUUGGGUCAUAAUUUUAAAUUAUGUGAAGCAAAUAUUAGACAGUCAUUAUACAUAUAUCUGAAUAUUAUAAAUUUACAAUCAUAUUUAUUUAGAACUGCUGCAAUAAAGUAUUCCGUCCACUUUUUAGCUGGUCAGUCCAUUUGCCAUCACUUACCAUUAUUUUUAUGCCCUGUAUAUGAUGGAGGGCAUUAUGUUUUCUAGUUUGUGUAUGUCUAUCAAUCUGCCAAUUUGUCCAAAAUUUUAGUAUUUUGGUUUUUCAUGAAUGAUAGAAGUUUUCAGGCCUAAAACAAAUAUGCAUUACAAAUACAAAUAAAAUAUUAAUGUAUUCCAAUAGCUUUUUUGAACAUUUGAAGGAUGUUAUUUAAUACAUUCAUAAAAUGCUUUGUAUGUUUUAUAAUUUUAAUUGGCAAACAUCACAAUAUUAUACCUUUUUCUUUAAACUUAUUUUUGUCGUAUUUGUUGAUCCACCAUCAAAGAUGAGCUAUGUUUACAAACUUUGAAAUUUAGAAAAAAAUAGAAAAAAGUUCCCUGAAAUUUUUUUUCCCUAAAAUGAAUUGAGAUAACGAGUAUUAGACCUGUUCCUCAAGAUUUGUUUAAAUUUUUACAGUAGUCGGAUAAAGGAUACAGACUCAGAGAAACUAUAGUUCAAGGAAAUUAUUGAGGGGUUAUUUCAGUAUUAUUAACAGUGAAGUUUUAAAUACCAUUUUCUACUAUUAUUCUGUGAUUUUUAGCAUACACCUGUCAUGGAUGGGAAAUAUUAUGGUGCACAGUUGUCAGGCAUCCAAAUAGCAUGCAUACAAAAGCUAGAGAAUGUUUUAAUCAAAUAUCAUGAUGGAAUAUUUGAAUUGGUGGAAGAAAGUUGCCUGAUGAUAUAUUAUUUUUGGUCUGUUGUUCCAGCAUAUCGUGACUUUAACCAUUAGAUUUAAAGCAAAUUUUUUCACAUAUCACACACGAAUUCACUUAUGCUUGGAUCAGUUUAUUACCUGAAACUUUACUCUUUGUUAAAAGGAUUGGUAGAAAUAAGUUUCCUUUGCUUUUGAAAAUUUUCUGGUUUAUCGUUCCAGGGUUUUGGGACUUGAAUUGUUAGAUUUAAGAGAAAUUUUUACAUGUUUAUGAGCGAUAAUUCCAGCAUGUUUUGAUUGAUUUAAAAGAAUAUUUACACUAUAUCGUUGAAAUUGGUAAAAACAAGCUCCCUUGUGAUUUUGAAAAUUUUAGGAUCUGCUUUUCCAGAGUUCUGGGACUUUGUCAAAAAUAAAUCAAUUUUUUAUGACCAAUAUUAUAUUAAUUGCAGUUCCAUAUUACUAACAGGCGUUUUUUGGGCUCUUGGCACAGCUGUUUAUAUUUUCAAUCUUUCUGAGUAUUCUUUAGAUCCAAAGUGCCAUGUUAACUUUUGUUAUCACAGAAAUUUAUUCCUAUAUUUAAUCUAUCUAUGAACUUUCAUUGAUGUUUCACCAUUGGGUUUCCUUCUCAACUGAACAAACUUAUUGUAGACUGAAGUUUUCCAACUGAAAACUAGCAAAACUAAAUUUAAUAUAUAAAACUUUGAUUUAUUGUAUAUGUUAAUUUUUUUUUUCAUAUUAUUUUUUCCAAGCAUUGUUAUUUUGAAUCAUUGUUUUUUGUGUGAAUAUAUUUUAUUUAAGACAAUGUUAUUUACUUAUUAAAUAUUUAAUUUUUA